CUUAGGCGCCAUGUUGUGAGCGGAAGUCGGGGAGCGCGCGGCCGCCGCUGUUCUGCUGGGAGCGGGCGCGGGAACCGGCGGGGGGGGGGGGGGGGAGCUGUAGUCCCGGCGGCGGAAGGAGGAGAGGAAGAAAGGGGCGAGACCGGGUGCCGGGCAGCGGCGCGAGGCUCUCGCUCGGCGUGCGGACAUCUCCAGCUAGGCGCGCGGCGUUCGAGGGUCGGUGUAGGCGCCGAGCCCUCUCCCGGGCAGCCGGCGCUGGUGCUGCUACUGCCGCCGCCGCUGCUGCUGUCGUGGGGCUCGGGUGGCGACAGAGCGGGGCCGGCCGUGGGGCGGGCGGGGAGGGAGGAGGCGGUGAAGGCGGCGGGCCGGGGGGGAAGAUGCCGCUGGCGCAGCUGGCGGACCCGUGGCAGAAGAUGGCUGUGGAGAGCCCGUCCGACAGCGCUGAGGUUUUUUUCUUUCCCCCAAGUGAAGAUCUGAGGAGAGGACAGAAUGGACAGCAAAUUAUGGAUGAACCUAUGGGAGAGGAGGAGAUUAAUCCACAAACUGAAGAAGGCAGUAUCAAAGAAAUUGCAAUCACACAUCAUGUAAAGGAAGGACAUGAAAAGGCAGAUCCUUCCCAAUUUGAACUUUUAAAAGUAUUAGGGCAGGGAUCAUUUGGAAAGGUUUUUUUAGUCAAAAAAAUCUCAGGCUCUGAUGCUAGACAGCUUUAUGCCAUGAAAGUAUUGAAGAAGGCCACAUUGAAAGUUCGAGAUCGUGUUCGGACAAAAAUGGAGCGUGAUAUCUUGGUAGAAGUUAAUCAUCCUUUUAUUGUCAAGUUACAUUAUGCUUUUCAAACUGAAGGGAAGUUGUAUCUUAUUUUGGAUUUUCUCAGGGGAGGAGAUUUGUUUACACGCUUAUCCAAAGAGGUGAUGUUCACAGAAGAAGAUGUCAAAUUCUACUUGGCCGAACUUGCACUUGCUUUAGACCAUCUACAUAGCCUGGGAAUAAUCUAUAGAGACUUAAAACCAGAAAACAUACUUCUUGAUGAAGAAGGUCACAUCAAGUUAACAGAUUUUGGCCUAAGUAAAGAGUCUAUUGACCAUGAAAAGAAGGCCUAUUCUUUCUGUGGAACUGUGGAAUACAUGGCUCCCGAAGUAGUUAAUCGUCGAGGCCACACUCAAAGUGCAGACUGGUGGUCUUUUGGUGUGUUAAUGUUUGAAAUGCUCACUGGUACACUACCUUUCCAAGGAAAAGAUCGAAAAGAAACAAUGACUAUGAUUCUUAAAGCCAAGCUUGGGAUGCCACAGUUUUUGAGUCCUGAAGCCCAGAGUCUUUUACGAAUGCUUUUCAAACGAAAUCCUGCGAACAGAUUGGGUGCAGGACCAGAUGGAGUUGAGGAAAUUAAAAGACAUUCAUUUUUCUCAACAAUAGACUGGAAUAAACUGUACAGAAGAGAAAUUCAUCCACCUUUUAAACCUGCAACUGGCAGGCCUGAAGAUACGUUCUAUUUUGAUCCUGAGUUUACUGCAAAAACUCCCAAAGAUUCACCUGGCAUUCCACCUAGUGCUAAUGCACAUCAGCUUUUUCGGGGAUUUAGUUUUGUUGCUAUCACCUCAGAUGAUGAAAGCCAAGCUAUGCAGACAGUUGGUGUGCAUUCAAUUGUGCAGCAGUUGCACAGAAACAGUAUUCAGUUUACUGAUGGAUAUGAAGUAAAGGAAGAUAUUGGAGUUGGCUCCUACUCUGUUUGCAAGAGAUGCAUACAUAAAGCUACAAACAUGGAAUUUGCAGUGAAGAUUAUUGAUAAAAGCAAGAGAGACCCAACAGAAGAAAUUGAAAUUCUUCUUCGUUAUGGACAGCAUCCAAACAUCAUUACUCUAAAGGAUGUAUAUGAUGAUGGAAAAUAUGUGUAUGUAGUGACAGAACUUAUGAAAGGGGGUGAAUUGCUGGAUAAAAUUCUUAGACAGAAAUUUUUCUCUGAAAGAGAGGCCAGCGCUGUCCUGUUUACUAUAACCAAAACUGUUGAAUAUCUUCACGCACAAGGGGUGGUUCACAGAGACUUGAAACCUAGCAACAUUCUUUAUGUGGAUGAAUCUGGCAAUCCAGAAUCUAUUCGAAUUUGUGAUUUUGGCUUUGCCAAACAGCUAAGAGCAGAAAACGGUCUUCUCAUGACUCCUUGUUAUACUGCAAAUUUUGUUGCACCAGAGGUUUUAAAACGACAAGGCUAUGAUGCUGCUUGUGAUAUAUGGAGUCUUGGUGUCCUCCUCUAUACAAUGCUUACUGGUUACACUCCAUUUGCAAAUGGCCCUGAUGAUACACCAGAGGAAAUAUUAGCACGGAUAGGCAGCGGAAAAUUCUCACUCAGUGGUGGUUACUGGAAUUCUGUUUCGGACACAGCAAAGGACCUGGUGUCAAAGAUGCUUCAUGUGGAUCCUCAUCAGAGACUGACUGCUGCCCUUGUGCUCAGACAUCCUUGGAUUGUCCACUGGGACCAACUGCCACAGUACCAACUGAACAGACAGGAUGCACCCCAUCUAGUCAAGGGUGCUAUGGCAGCUACAUAUUCUGCUUUAAACCGUAAUCAGUCGCCAGUUUUGGAACCAGUAGGCCGCUCUACUCUUGCUCAGCGGAGAGGUAUUAAAAAAAUCACCUCCACAGCUCUGUGAAGUGACCUCAGUGAGAUAUUUGGUACCAUGGUGUAAGCUGAUAGCACAAGUUCUGGCGACAGGUAGCACAUAUCUGAGAGACACCUGCAAGCACACACUGUCCCAGCUGGUACCCAUAAUGCUGCUGCUCCUCCUGCUGCUCCUGCUUCCGUCUCUUCUCGCUUUAAAUGAUUGUUAGCAAGUUAGAUUUUCCUGGAGCUUCGGAUGAAAUGAAAAUGGAAACAUGAUGAAGACAUAUUCACUGAAUCAACAAGAAUAAUGAACAUACGAAUACCACCUAAAAAUACACUGAAUAAAGUACUCUACACCAUAUAGCAUUAUUUUUAUAGGAAAUAUUUCAUGUCCCUGAAAUAUUCUUUGUUAGUUAUAGGGAUGGACAGUUUAUGUUAAGCACUUAGCUUAAACAAUCCGUUUCUAUUAGCACUGUAUCCCUUGUGCCAUCCAACAUUUUGUAUGUUUUUGUAAACAGUUCAUAUACAGUACAUUUCUGUACUGCUUUCUUUAAUGUAUACAUGCUUUGUUUAACUUGGAAUCUAUUAUUAUUAAUCAAUUGACUAUUAAAUCUGGUUAAAUAGUUCACCUGGAUUAACAGUAUUGUUGGACAGCCCUAAAAAUGGCCAGAUUGUGGAACAGCUGUUGAAUGUAACACUUCCAAAAUGUACAUAUAUUUCCCCAUGUCUGUUUCACUGGUUCGUUCAUUUGUUUGUUUCUUAAAGUCAGGUGCUUUGUCAGACUAACCUAGAGAGCUGUUAUGGUAGAGAAAGUUAUCACGUGUGUGUGGCAUGACAUCAAGAGUACACCUAUGAAGUUAGUCCAUAUACGUUGCAACUCCUUAGGGUCCUUUUUUCCUUAAUCAAGGAGGUAGUUCUUGCACUUUUGAUCUUGAAUAGUAUCCAUAUUUAGUAUUUGGCAUAUAAUUUGGGAUUUUGCCAAUAUACAUCAAAGGCCUUUAAGAGUUCUGAUGAAGAGAUUGGCGAAGGAAAAUUUAACAACAGGUCAUUCAAGUCCCAUUAGAUCUUUCACGUUUAAAUAGAUCAAAUUGCAGAAUUUAGCAUAUGAAUAACAGGAUACCUGUUCUUGUAUACCUGCAAGAAAAGUAUGCUUUUUGGGAAAAAGGUAAAUCAUAAUGAGUUCUAUCCCAUUACGAUGCUCUAUAUUAAACACUAAUUUGAAUGUAAUAAAGGCCGCCAGCCUCUCUAUGAAAUUGGAUUUAAACUUUCUUAUUUGAGGGAAUAAAACAUUCUUGAUCAAACAGUAUUUGUUCUCACCUGAAAUUAUAGCUCUAGUAGGCUAAGUGAAUGUUCAUCAUUGAGUGUUUUCUGAAUUCCUUCUGAUGACUUACAGCCAUAUAAUGCUUCCUUUAAUUUCAGAAAUGAUCAGCUUUCAUAGUGGUUACUGAGUCUGCUUAGAUUACAGUAUUCGUUAUCUACAUCUAAUUUGGGUAGUUUCCACAAUUCUGUUUGAUUAAAGAAACUUUUGUAUCCAUUAUUUCCUGUAUUUUGGUUAAGCUACCUAGCGUACAUCAAUAUGUAAUGUGAAAAACAAAAACUAGGAAAAGUGAUUUAGCUUAACCUCAUCAAGAAUGUGCCCAGCCAUGUACCGAGCCAUUUACAUCAGAAGUCUUUUUACCUGCUCAAAGCUUUAAAUCUUUCUUUGAGAGUACAAAGCCAAGAAAGUGUAGUUUAGUUAAAUGUCUUGGAAGCCACUUACUAUUACUUUAAGUUCUCCUCUACACAGCUAAAGAGAAAGGGAAAAUCUGUAACAUUCAUUUUGCUUAAGUGACACAAAAUGAUUAUUGCAUAGAAAUCAAAUGUAAGUUUAUCUUCUAAAUUUAAAAAAUGUACAGUAAGAGGGAUUCAGAAGAUCUAGAUGGAGAAAGUUUUUUAAAAUUCCUGAGUAUAUAAAUGCUAUCAAAAACUGCUUCCCAUUGCCCAGAAAGAAAUUUUUUUUCUUUCUUUCUCUCUCUCUAUUCAGUGUUUCAAACCAAACCCAUCCCAAAUUCUUGUCGCUUUUAAAAUGUUAGUGUAACUCUAGGCAAAAAAAAAAAAAAA